GCGACACCAGGACAGCAAACGGCAAUUACUCAAGACAUCCUUUACACACAUCCUCUAACUUUCUCAGUUUGAUUUCAAACAGUAAGAACACAUCAGACACAAUGAAAGACUGGCACUGGAUACCCUUUCAAAGAGUGGUCUGCCCCUCGCCAGACUACCCAUCAUCUAAGAUGUCCCAGUCCACUGUUACUGAAGAAGGAGGCACCUUUGAACACCUGUGGAGCUCCCUAGAGCCAGACAGUACCUAUUUUGAGCUCCCCCCAGGCAGCCAGCCAGGUGAACAACCAGUGCCGUCUACCAGCAACCCGGGGAACCACCACAGCACUGCAGAGGUCUCCAUGGAUGUCUAUCAUAUGAGAGACAUGAACGAGAAUGUUAUGUCCCAGUACAACUUGCUGAGCAGCAGCAUGGAGAGUCUGGGGAGCCGUGCGACAUCCACCAGCCCCUACAGCUCCGAAAACGCCUCUUCGUCGGCCGUGCCCACCCCCUCACCUUACUCCCAGCCCAACUCCACCUUUGAGGGCUUGUCGCCUGCCCCUGCCAUCCCUUCUAACACCGAUUACCCUGGGCCACAUGCCUUCCAGGUGUCCUUCCAGCAGUCCAGCACAGCCAAGUCAGCCACAUGGACCUACUCUCCCUUGCUGAAGAAGCUCUACUGUCAGAUUGCCAAAACCUGUCCAAUCCAGAUCAAGCUAUCCUCCUCUCCUCCGCAUGGCAGCAUCAUCAGAGCCAUGCCCAUCUAUAAGAAGGCGGAGCACGUGACUGAAGUGGUCAAACGAUGCCCCAACCACGAACUAGGACGAGACUUCAAUGAUGGUCAAGCAGCUCCGGCCAGUCACCUGAUCAGAGUGGAGGGAAAUAACCUCUGCCAGUAUGUGGAUGAUCCUGUUACUGGCAGGCAGAGUGUCAUCGUCCCGUAUGAGGCUCCACAGGUAGGGACUGAGUUUACCACCAUCCUAUAUAAUUUUAUGUGCAACAGCAGCUGUGUGGGCGGCAUGAACAGGAGACCUAUCCUCAUUAUCAUCACUUUGGAAACCAGGGACGGUCAAGUGUUGGGCAGAAGGUCAUUUGAAGGUCGGAUAUGUGCAUGUCCGGGCAGAGACCGCAAAGCUGAUGAGGACCACUUCAGGGAACAGCAGGCCCUGAAUGAGAGUGUGGCCAAAAAUGGAAGUGCUAACAAGCGCAAUUUUAAACAGAGUCCAACAAACAUUCCCAGUCCAAACAUUAACAUGAGGAAGAGGCGGCAUGGAGAAGAGGAGGUUUACUAUAUUCCUGUUCGUGGUCGUGAGAACUUUGAGUUGCUGAUGAAGAUUAAAGACAGCUUGGAGCUGGUGGAGCUCGUGCCACAGCAGCUGGUGGACUCCUACAGACAACAAGCACAGCAGCAGCUGCUGCAGAGACCGAGCCACGUGGCAUCACCCUCCUCCUAUUCUCCACUGUCAAACAUGAACAAGCUGCAUUCCCACGGAGGCCUCAGCAAGCCACCCUCAGUCAACCAGCUCGCAGGACAGCAGCCCCAGCAACACCACACUGCCCCCUCUUCCAUGGCUCAUAUGGGUCCAAACAUGCUCAACAGCAACCACAUGCAGGCAAAUGGAGAAAUGAACGGUGGCCACAACAGUCAGAAUAUAGUGUCUGCUUCUCACUGCAGCCCGCCCCCUCCGUAUAACCCUGACCCCAGCCUUGUCAGCUUUCUCACCAGCCUGGGCUGUCAGAACUUCAUUGAGUACUUCACUUCCCAAGGCCUCCAGUCUAUCUACCAUCUCCAAACUCUCUCCAUGGAGGAUUUGGGUGCGCUAAAGAUACCAGAACAGUCCCGCCUCAUCAUCUGGCGAGGUCUGCAGGACAUGAAACAAGGCGCUCCCCUGCAGCUGCCUGCUUCUUCUCAUCAUCAUGACUAUCAUGGGCAGCAGCUACUUCGCUCUAGCAGCAACAUGACUGCCUCCGCAAUGGCGGCCAUUGGGGCUGCAGGUGGGGAACUGCAACGCCAGCGGGUCAUGGAAGCUGUGCACUUUCGCGUCCGCCACACCAUCACUAUCCCCAACAGGUCCAGCGUUGUUGGGACAUCAGGCAUGACGGCUGCUGAUGAGUGGGCUGACUUUGGUUUUGACAUGCCUGACUGCAAGGUGUCACGGAGCAAGCACUCCAUCAAGGAGGAAUUCAUGGAAAGUGACAUUCACUGAGACUGAAUAAAAUCUUGGAUCUUCUUUCCCAGAAGUUAUUGUCAGCAUCAGCUUACUGCAGUGUAACUACGUGACUAGGGUUGUUAAAUAUGUGUUUAGCUGCUCUUGUCAUAUUUUGAUGAUCAACUUUGAUCAAUUUUGAUUCUGAGAUAUUUUCAGUGUGCUCAUGCACUUUCAUGUGCAGCCAGAAGUUUGUGCUUGAACUGUUGUUCCAUCUAAUAUUUGAAGAUAACAUAACAAAGUUUACGUCUUCAGUCUUCAAAGCAAAAUGCAUUGUAACAAUAUAAUUGUCAAAGCAAUGCUGAACACACAUGAUCUGGACUUUGCUUUUUGGAACGCUGAUAAAUGCAAAAGCAAAUUUUUGGGGGGUGCACUGUGCAAUAAGUAAUAACACAUUUUUCUUUUACAGCAUAUGUGACAUUGUUCACAGUAACAUAAAUGUCAAAAGAGGUAAAUCACCACUGCAUUUUAUGUUUAGAUGCCAAAAAUAGGUUCUCAUCUGACUUUUUUUUUUUCUUUAAGUUGUCCUUCACUUGUUCAAAUGUAUAUACUUUAUCAUGUAAAUGUUUUGGAGUAGAUGUUGUUUGAAAUAAUAGAGUCAACAUGAUGUAUCUGCUGUUUGAACCAAAUGACUAGAACUGGGUAAAUCGAAUCCAUAACUAUGGGAACACAAUUGUGUAUUUUCAGUGGGUAUGAUAACGUGAUGACCGUAAUGUGGUUCGGUGUGGUGGUAUCGUUUAUGUGCGAAAAAAAAAAAAAAAGUGCUUUGGUGUUAGUAGUUGUACGCUGACACUUACUGUUAAAAAAUAGUUAUUGCCUAAUACUUUUAUUACGUUCUAGAAAAUAUGCCGCUCAUUAUUUUAUAGUAACACACUGCAACACAGAUAGGAGACAAUCAAACAAACAAAAAAAGCAUACUCAGUAUUAUAUCUUAAUACCAGGGAUUUGAUUAGAUUUGUGAAUGGAUAUUGUGCUAUCCCUGUACAUCAAGAAAACUAGAUAAUGAGCAGCAUUUUUGUCCUUGUAUUUGUAUUUUGAAAACCUUGCAGGGCAAGGUACUCAUAAAUUCAUUAUAGCUGACUCUGUAGCUAAUCUUCAUGGCACUUGUUUGUAGGUAUUUAAUAACAUUCCACUUUAAUUUCUGGAUUGCCAUCAUGAAGCUGAAUGGUUCUCUUAUUGUGUUAUAUUUGCUUGACCUUUACUUGUACCAGGGCGAAGGUUUUUGUCUCCCUUUCUAAGGCCCAUUCUUGGAAAGACAAUUUUUCGUCGUUUUUCAUCUCAUUAUUACAAAUGGUCAGAGAGAGAGAGCACUUUAAUGCGAUUAAAUCAUUUAGGUGUUUCAGUAUUAACACCACAGUGUAAAUAAAAGAAU